UUAUAUCCCAAUCAUCCUUCUCUCUCCCACCGAAACCCGAAACCUGAAUACACCAUCUCCAGAAUGUAGAACUGCCCGGACGAAAUUGCUUCCGACCACAUCCAUCUUCAAACGUUCAAUUUGCCAAAAUGUUCUUUUUAACCUCGAAAGUCCCUUCCAAGCUCUUUCCUGGAAGAUUUAUCACCAUUUAUCGCUCUCUGUGCAGCGCCACAGCCACAGCCACCGCGUCCGAGGACGGAACCCAGAAACUGGAACGCAUUGCGGACGAGUUCAUGGGCCUUACAAAGCUAGAGAGAUACGAUUACUCCAUCCUCUUCCGCCACAAAAUGGAACAACCGAUUCGGGCCCGCAGUCUCCAGACCCAUCUCGGCCGGCACCCUGCAACCGGAGAUGAACAUAAAUUCCAAUUCAAAUAGUGUAUUUUGAUUUCUGGGCCAUUAAUAAAUUCCAAUUCAAUGACUUUCUCUCAAUAUUUUUCGGUUUGGUUUUGUAUUUUGAAAUUAGAGUCACAAUUAGUAGCUAUUAUUGCAAAGAUUGCAACGGUACAAAAUGCAUUGAUGGUAUUACUUUAGGGCUCCUUGGUGACACAAAUUCAUAGUCUUUGAAAUCAAUUUUCUUAGCUUGCUCUUCUCGUUGGAUUUUCUUCUGUCAAAAAUGGCCCAACUUGGUGUUGGUGGUGCUGGUGUUAAUGGAGGAGGUGGUGAUGCUGCUGGUGGAGGAGGUGUUGGUGGUAGAGGAGGUAGUGGUGGUGGUGGUGGAGGUGCUAAUAACAACAAGCCAGAGCAAUUGCAACCACACCCAGUGAAGGAGCAGUUGCCCGGGGUCCAAUAUUGCAUCAAUAGUCCUCCUCCAUGGCCGGAAGCUAUUGUGCUGGGGUUCCAACAUUAUAUUUUGACUCUUGGUAUUACUGUUUUGAUUCCGAGCAUUAUAGUUCCUCAGAUGGGUGGUGGUGACGCGGAGAAGGUUAGGGUUAUCCAAACCUUGCUCUUCGUUUCAGGUUUAAGUACACUCUUUCAGACUCUAUUUGGGUCCCGACUUCCUACUGUGGCCGUGGGCUCGUAUGCAUACAUUGUACCUACCACUUCAAUUCUCCUAGCCAGUAGAUAUACUUCAUAUGUAAAUCCCCAUGAGAGGUUUGUCCAGACAAUGAGAGGGAUACAAGGUGCUCUAAUCAUUACUGCAUGCUUUCAAAUGGUUAUGGGUUUUCUUGGCUUAUGGAGAGCUGUCGUGAGGUUUCUUAGCCCUCUCUCAAUUGUUCCUUACGUAACUUUUACUGGACUGGGGCUCUAUUAUCUUGGAUUUCCCUUGCUUGCCAAAUGUGUUGAAAUUGGACUUCCACAAAUUGUAACAAUUGUUUUCAUUGCACAGUAUCUCCCUAAUUAUAUAAAAUGGAAGAGGCCAUUUUUUGAUCGAUUUGCAUUGCUGCUCUCAGUUGGAAUUGUAUGGUUUUUUGCUCAACUUCUAACAGCAAAUGGUAUGUAUAACCACAGACACUCAAUCACCCAGAUCAGCUGCCGCUCUGAUAGGUCUGGACUUAUCACUUCAGCUCCUUGGAUCUAUAUUCCUUAUCCGUUUCAAUGGGGCAACCCCACAUUUAAUGCUGGAGAAGCUUUUGCUAUGAUGGCUGCCUCGUUUGUUUCUCUUUUUGAGUCUACGGGUACAUUUUUUGCAACAUCUAGAUACGGGAGUGCUACACCUGUACCACCUUCUGUGGUUAGUCGAGGUGCUGGCUGGCUGGGUGUUGGAGUUCUUCUCAAUGGCAUGUUUGGUUCUGUGACCGGUCUCACAGCAUCAGUGGAAAAUGCUGGUCUAUUAGCACUGACAAAAGUUGGAAGCCGAAGAGUGAUCCAAAUAUCAGCUGGAUUUAUGAUUUUCUUCUCUAUAUUCGGAAAAUUUGGAGCAUUCUUCGCUUCUAUACCUCUGCCAAUCAUCGCAGCUAUAUACUGUAUGUUGUGUGGCUAUGUCUCUUCUGCAGGUCUUGGAUUUCUCCAAUUCUGCAACCUGAACAGCUUCAGAACAAAAUUUAUCUUGGGCUUCUCUUUCUUUAUUGGCUUUUCAGUACCGCAAUACUUCAGAGAGUACUAUCAACUACGUUCCAAAUGUGACCUUGCUCGUGCCAGUUCUGGAUGGUUCAACGACUUAGUGAUUGUAAUAUUCUCAUCCCACACAACAGUGGCAGCUCUUGUCGCUUUGUUCUUGGAUCGCACACUUUCCUGUGAAACCGAGGAGUCGAGAAAAGAUAGCGGGUUGAAGUGGUGGGAGAAGUUUAGCUUGUACAAUUCAGAUGUUAGAAAUGAUGAAUUCUAUGCACUCCCAUGCAUGCUCAACAAGUUAUUCCCGGCUCUCUAAAGAGUAUUGGUUUGGUACUAUCUUCUCUUUCAGCCCUUUCUUCUUUUUAUGUAGAAAGACAACAAACCAGAAUUGCAGCUAUUCUUCCGUCUUCUAAGCCUUGUUCUGCA